GCAAAAUUCCCAACUCUGUUCAUAUUUAUGCAAACCCAAAUAUGGAAUUCAAAGAAGAUGAAAUUCUCCCAAAACGGAGCAAAUCUACAGAAAUUCAGUCCAUUUGUAGUGAAGAUUCAGUCUUUUCAAUGCCUAAUCUUCCUGAAGAACUCAUCACAGAAAUCAUGUUAAGACUUCCGGUGAAAUCGCUUUUACAAUUCCGGUCUGUUUCAAAAUCUUGGCUUUCCUUAAUCUCUACCUCUUAUUUUGUGAAGACCCAUCUCUUAUUAUCCGCUAGUAACAAGGAUUACAUCCACCACGAAGUUAUAACUAAGGCUUCUAAUACUUGCCGCGGUGUUAAGUAUUGUUCUGUUAGUUCUUUACUUUACGAUUCUGUACCUGAGUCAUUUGAGUUGGAUAAUCCAGGUAAAAAUCCUAAUGCUUUUCCUCUUUUUGUGGGUUCGGUUAAUGGAUUGAUUUGUCUUGCUAUCAAUCUAUUUUACGGAAUAGAUUGCUUUAUUAUAUGGAAUCCAUCAAUUAGAAAGUAUAAGAAAUUGUCUUACGAGGAGCAUAUUGUUCCUUAUUUCACUUUUGGCUUUGCAUAUGAUGAAUUCGAAGAUGAUUACAAGAUAGUGGGUAUUUUCCCUAUUUAUAGUUAUGCAAGUCUUUGUCGUGUUGAGGUCAAAAUAUAUAGUCUAAAGAGUGAUUCUUGGAAACGUGUUAAAGAUUAUAAAGGUGUGGAGCUCUUGGGUGAUUUUGCUAAGUUUGUUAAUGGGAAACUCCAUUGGCUUGAUAAGCACUGGAACAUUAUUUCUAUGGAUUUGGCGGAUGAGAAAUGGGCAGAGGUAGAUCAGCCCUGCUGUUUUAAAGGAUGUGGAUUUUUGAAGCUCGGAGUGUUUGAGAGUGAUCUUUCUGUGUUUUGUAAUCACGCGUGGACUCAUGUUGAUGUAUGGGUUAUGAAGGAAUAUGGAGUAAAAGAAUCUUGGACAAAGAUGUUCACCGUCAAGUCUCCUGAAGAUUCUAUGGGACGUAUAUUCUAUCCAAUCAUUUUAAUGUCAAAUGAAGGUGAAAUUUUGCUUAAGUUUGGAUCACGUUUCAUGAAAUACAAUCCAAAGGAUGACUCUAUCAGAUAUCUAGAUGUUACUAAGUUAGCUCCAUGUCAUGAGGUACAAAUCUAUGUUAAGAGUCUAGUUUGCCCUUUUUACUGAUGAGACCACGAUUUCACCAACAACAACAGAGGGUGAAAUGAUUCUGAUGAAGACAAUCGCGUGACUUAUAACCUGUAAGAGUUACACGCUUUGCAUUUUUCUGAAGUGUUGUUAAAUUCUGCUUCAUAUUGCUUGGGGAUCUUGUUAGUCAAUUUCCUUUCUUGCACUAUUUUCAAGAAAUGAUAAUCUUUUCAAAAAUA